AUGGCCUCGAAAACCACCGCGGUGGCUCUCAUCAGCAUCAUCUCCUAUGUUCAGGCAUAUCCUUUGAAACCUCUCAAUCAGUUGUCCAAGCGACCAUUUUUUGUUUUGGCGGGUGAUAGCACCACAGCCACUCAAUCCUCGAACGGGGGAGGAUGGGGAGACGGCUUCCUCAGCACAACUCUUUUUGAAGGGGCUUCUGGUCGUAAUUUUGGUCAUAAUGGUGCAACGACUGUUAGCUUUCGAGAUGGAGGCGAUUGGGGCGAGGUUUUAGCGACCGUGAAACAAGUUCGACAUGAUCAUCAUCCAUUUGUGACUAUUCAAUUUGGGCACAACGACCAAAAGCCGGCUGCAAGAAUAUCAUUGUCACAGUACACCAGCAACCUCGAGAGAUUCGCGACCGAGGCUUUUGAUGCUGGAGCUACACCAAUUCUCAUCACCCCUUUGUCCCGGCGUAACUACGAUAACUCAACAGGCACACCGAGUAUCAUUAUGAGUCUUACCAAUGAGACCAUGGGAACUAUCAAUGCCGCUCCCCACUCAUAUGCUACAUACAUUGACCUGAAUCAAGCUAGCACGCGGUAUCUUAAUGCAAUCGGGCCAUCAAAUGCUUCUACAUACAACCUCAACCCAAUGGACUAUACCCAUAUAAAUCUGCCAGGGAGUGUUCUGUUUGGAAAUAUUGUGACCGAACUGAUUAUUCAGAAGCUUCCUGCUCUGGAAAGAUCCGGAUAUCUGUGCGUGAAUGGUAGACUGAAGGAGGAUAUUGAUCAAGGGAUCUAUCAUUGGCCUUAA